AUGUCCCUGGUGGACCAACCUCUUCCCGCGAGGAAGGCAGGCCAUGCAAUCGACAUCACAAAUACCCUGACCCUCGACGACAAAGACGACUUUCCUCUCUCAUCACAACCAGCAGCCUUUGACGAGCCCAUCUUUGACAAGUUCUACGACAUGGACACCCAAGACACUGUGGGCCCAAGCCCCAAGCGCGUUCGUUCGAGCGACAAUGUCCCAGAGCUACCACCGAGGAGCGGCCUCCGAGUGUCCAAGAUGCUCGACAACCUCGGAAUGAAGCUGGGCGGUGCCGUGGAAGCAACCGGGCUGGGCCAGGCGACCACGCCGCACGAUGUCUACCUCUCGUCCGAAGAGGACGUUUCGUCCGACGCCGACGACUUCUCCGACUAUGACUACGAUUCGAGCGUGGAGGAUCCGACCUCGCCCACUAGCAGGAGCAGUCAUGAGGACACGGCUCGGGUGGUGUCAGUGGUAUUCGCGGGCAAGCCGUCAAUUGUCGACCUGCCUGCCGCAAGGAAACGACCCGUUUCGAGUACCUCCUUGGGCACGACCAGGACACGAUGUAGCACCGAGUCGUCCGCUCUCACCAAACCUCAGACGGCAGCAUCCGCUACGACAGAGGAUCGGCCAAUCACCCCGGCAAGCACCGCUUCGUCGCGAUAUUCCCAGUCCCGUCCUAGCAAGAACACGACGCCCAACAGGAGAAGCAGCAUCCUCCUAUCUGAAAUCCUAAUCAAGAAGAAACCGCCCUUCCUCAGCAUUGACCCGUACGCAAACGGCAGCAGUUACUCGUUAAACAUGCCCAAGGCGCUCGACAGCCUCGAGGGCGAGAGCCAGACGGCCAAGACGCCGCGCACGCCAACGGCGCUGCUCAAGGGAGUCACGCGGUCCCUCAGCUUGGUCCGGAAGCGCAGCAGGCCAGCACUGAGUCCGGGGCCGCAGACGUCGAUGCCGAAACUGGACGCACUAUCAUCCAACAGGAGCUCGGUGCAGUCACCACCACCACCACCACCGGCCACAGUGGUGCAUGGCGACGAGGGAGGGCCCGAACCCGACACAGCAAAGCAUGAGCAGCAGCCCAAGACGCCCAUGACACCCAUCACCUACACCGACAUACUGCGGGCGGUGAAGCGCAACGCGACCGUCAUGGGCGGGGCGCCGUCGCCGCCCAGCGACAUCAUGUCGCCCACGUCACCCGGGCCGGCGGCGGCUGCGACGGCGGCGACGAAGCGGGGGAUCCUGGGCGGGUUGGCGGCCCGGCGGAGGAGCGUCAAAUUAACGGGGAAGGUCUAA